CUCAAACAUGGUCACAUGCAACGAUUUUUUAAGUGUGUUGAACCAUUAAGUAAGAUUGAGACAGGGUACACGAAACACUUGCGGCACCAGCCCGCUCAACAGUCCCUCGUACAGCAGCUGUGGCGGUGUAGCUGCCGUGUCAGGCGAGGCUAUGGGGCUGUAGGAAUGUGGGGCUGCGGGGUUGUGGGAAUGCGGGCCUCCGGGGCUGUGCCAGGAAAUACAAAGAGCGCCAGACAGUUUAUCGAGGGAGCAGGUCCUACCAGGGAAGUGGAAGUGUGGGCUGAAGGCCGCGUGGACACCACUGGGUAUAAGAGGCCGAUAAAGGGCAGGAGGUGCCAUUCUGCGGGCAGCGGGCGGUGUGGACCGAGAUCAGCAGGCAUGAAGACACUGGUGGUGAUACUGGCGGUGGUGGUGGCGUGUAAGGCGGCACCGCAGUUCGCGCACCCACCCCAAAUGUUGCUGGAGUUCGGCGUGGACGAUCACGGCUGCACCGUGGCGCCCACCGGUAUGGUGUGUCCCUGGGGACCCGUCCAGUUCCUCGGGGAGGCGAAGGGCGUAGACAAGGUGUGGAUCCCCCCGCCAACCCAGAGGCCGGUCCAGUACCAGCAGCACGCCGUGCAGCACCACCAGACAGCCUUCACCGGGCUGGUAGGACCCUCCGGGGUGGUCGGGCCCUCCGGAUUGGUGGGACCCACGGGACCUGUUGCUUUCGGUCGCUAGUGUAGUAUACGAAUGUUGAGACGAACGAUGCUUCGCUUGUAGGAACGUGAAAUACAACGUGCCAUAACUGUU